AUGUCAUCAAUAGCGAAAGUACCAGAUCGCUACAUGAUCCAUGUGACACUCUACUUUGCGCCUGAGAAUGUCCCAUUCGCUCUAAAAGCAUGCAGAGCUUUGUUUGAUGAAGCAUGGAAGGAACCGGGGCUGGAUUUUUGCCAGAUCGUACAAAAUGCAGACGAGCCUGGCAUCAUUCGAAUCCAGGAAGCGUGGAAUGCAUCGCGCAAGUAUCUUGACGAGGUUCAACUGCACAAACCCUACUACACACCAUACUUGGAAGCCACUGAGCAUCUGUGGUUGAAGCCACGCGAGAUUGUAAUCUUCGAACGUAUCUCCGGAUUCACGGCGAUGAAGCCAUCUUUUGCACAUGAUGACCUGAGACAGCAGUGA